GAAUGUUCAGUUUCCCACACACUUAAUUGUAUAACACACAGCGAGUCAGCUAGUAGUUUGAGUUGUUCAUGUUUACUCAUUGUCUUUGAGAAUUAGGCUAUAUUUGUCAUCAAAAUGUCACAGCGUGCCCACAAGGAAGGGCUGUGCAAUAUCACAAUUGUAUGUUUGGCCUUUAUUUUCUGUCUCCUAAAGCCAGUUUUUGCUAAGCCAACUCCUGCAAAUGUUUUUGCUUCCUCAUCAUCGCUGGAGCACAUGACUUUGAUCAACCCUGUUCAGAACAACCCCGAUGUCACAACCCCAAAACCGACCCAUUUUGUAAACACAUUGCUUGGACAAUUUGAGAGUUUGCUGGUGAAAGAUGGUACUUCUCCGGGUAAUUUGGACCAGGUGACUCAAGGAUAUCCCCAACCCUACACAAAUGCUAAAGACCCCCAGGGGCUUGUGAAGUCUCUAAUGUCUGUUCUACAGACUUACAAGAAGCAAACAGCAUCACACGGCAAUGAUCACGUCUUCAAACUGUGGGGAAAAGCUCCAAAAACAAAGAAGAGCACCAAUGAAAUCAAACCCAGAGUCAACAUAUUGACAGACCCCACUUACUUCGAGCCACUUGUGAAAGUUAACAUGAUUUUGGGCCUCUUUUUCUAUGGUUUCAUUGUGAUAGUGUUUAUCUACGACUCUGUCCGAGUUUCCAUGGAGGCCAGAAGAAGAUCUGACGCUCUAGCUGAUGCCAGGCUGAAGAGAAAAGAACCACCCCCUGUUGAACCACAGUCAACUUUAUCCAAAUGUACACUCUCUAUGAUGCCUAACUCUGUGUGCCGUUAACUUGCUUGAACGUGUGAUCCCUGGCUAAGUUAAGUCUACACUGACUGCAGGGUCUCACAUACUGUUGUAACAAUGCCCUGUUUCCUUUUAGAUCGGCAGAGCAUCGCUUCAUUGUUUCACUUGGAAAAUACAUCAUCCAUAGCUGACGGUUUGAAGGCAAAUUAUCCCAAGGUUACAUCAUUUAUUUUGAAGAUAUAUAUAUAUAUAUUUUUUUUUGUGAGAUGCAAUAGCAGUAGU